AUGAAGGCUAAUUCGGAAACAGCUUUGCCUCCCCCUCCGGCUUACAACGAAGCUCAAGGAACUUCGGCUUCGCCCCCAGCCAAUCCAACCUCAUAUUAUCAAAGUGAAGAAACUCGUAAUUUUGUCCCUGAUGACUUCAAAUACUCCACAACGGUGACAUCUUGCGAGCCGCAAGUUCGUCGUUGGUUCAUGCGCAAAGUGUACACUCUUUUGUCCUUCCAACUAGUCUAUUCAUUUGCAUUUUGUUUUUGGGUGAGCCACUCACCUAAAGCUCAAGGGUUUUUGAACCGGAAUCAAUGGCUUUUCAUAGUCGCAGCAAUCGCUGGUGUAGUUAGCUGCGUAUGGCUAGCCCUAGCUCCUCGAUCUACUGAAUAUGCUGGAGAGUCGUCGCCUUUGAACCCUCAAACAGGAGAAGUAGAACCUUCUCAAGAGACGAGUCACACACCAUGGUACAUAUUGUCUUACCGCGGUCAGUUGAUACUGCUGGGAUUUUUCACCUUUUGCCAGGCUUAUACGCUUUCAUUAGUCACUCUAGUAUAUGACCCCAAAACUAUAUUGAGUGCGAUGUUUAUUACUGGAUUUGUUGUUUUGGCCAUUACUGCCAUGGCGGUAUCCGACAGAUUUGAAACUACUGUUACAGCCUCCAACACUAUCUACUAUUGGCUUAACUUGGCUAUGUGGCUACUUAUUGGUAUUGGGUUCUCCUCCAUAUUUUUCGGUAUGAACUCAACCGUAGAUUUGAUUUACAGUUGGUUAGGCGCUGCAGUUUUCACGGUUUAUUUGUUCAUCGACACACAACUGAUCUUCCGCAAGGUGUACCCUGAUGAAGAAAUUCGUUGCGCUAUGAUGCUGUAUUUGGAUAUCAUCAAUUUGUUCUUGUACAUCCUGAGGAUCCUUGGACGCAACCGUGAAGAUUGA